AUGGGCAUCGUCUACGACCCCGACGCCGAUACGUUUGGCUUUGGCACGGGUCACGUGUUGCCGCACCCGCAGCACGCGACGGGGCUAGCCGAGCUUCCUUGGGGCAGUCUCGUGGCGCUGCCGCCGCUGCCCCUAUCUCCGCUGGUUGGUGACGGUGAAACCAAUUCUGCUGCUACCACCACCAAAUCCAAACGCAAACGGAAACAACAACUGAAACGCAAGGCCAAGACGAAGGCGAAACCAUUGACUACCGAGGGUAAUUCAGGAGAUUCCGGUGGAUCGGAGUCAGUUGUGGGUAAACUGUAUACUCAGUUUACCAUAAAGCAAAUCUAUAGCCAGAUCGUCGGCUCUACAAAAGCCAGCGAUAAACUCUUUCUGUACCGUACCCUACCGGUGUACCGAGAGGACAUUGACUACAUUUUACCCGGCGAAUGGCUUAACGACCUGGAUAUCUCGUUAGCUUACGAAAUGAUGCUGGCGCUCUUACAGCACCACGGCAUGGACAAAUUGGUGCAGAUGGUGUGGCCGCUGGUGGUGCACUUGCUUAUGUACCUGCCGAUGGACCCUAAAGAUUUAUUACCCCCGGAACUUGACCAGGCCGAGGUCGUGUUUCUACCGAUAAAUGUACUAGAAGAAGACGACGCCGACGACGAUAAUGACGGCGACCACUGGGCUCUUACGGUGUUACUGGUGGUUGAUCACGUGCUUUAUGUCUAUGAUCUGAUGAGUGAAGAGCCCUUACCACCAGCAUUCGGACAAAUGGCUCAGAAAUUACUUCGGUGUAAUUUAGGGCUUCGAACGUCAAAGCCGUUAAAAGUCGAGGUGAUGAAGUGUGAUCAACAACAUAAUUUCGACGACUGCGGCAUCCACGUGAUCAUCAACCUGGCCCUCAUCGUUCGCCAGCUUAUCGCCGCCAAAACCGACGAUACCGAGGUCGAUAUGGAUUUAGGGGCGGUAAAAGCCGACCUGUUCCAAGCCCGGGGCCAGUUUUUGGCGUUGAUUAAACAAUUGCAGGACCAGUUGGAGGCGCUGGCGUCGGAGGAAGAGGAUAAAUAA